GCGCCAACGGAUUCAUCGCCGUCGUCCGUCCUGUCAUCGUCCCCUGUCUUCUCGACUGAUCUGAGCUGCUGUGCGUAGUGGGUGGUCCGCACGUUCCUAGAAGAAGGCUACUCUGUACGCGGGACGGUCCGGUCAUCCGACAAGGGCAAGUACCUGCUGGACACCUUCAGCGCGUACGGCGAGCGGUUUGAAGUGGUUAUUGUUCCCGACAUCACGGCUGUGCGUCACGGCAGCCCCCUGUUCCUAUUCGUCUGACGCGCACACGCGACGCUGCGAUAGGAUGGCGCGUUUGACGAGGCCGUGAAGGGCGUGGACGGCAUCGCGCACACCGCCUCCCCGUUCCACUUCCAGGCAAACGAGCCCGCCGGUGAGGCGCCUGUGCUCGGCCGUGUCUGGGAUUGUGCUCAUCUGCUUGGCAGAGCUGAUCGAGCCCGCGGUUAAGGGUACGGUCGGGAUGCUGCAAAGUGCAUUGAAAUGCGGGUCGGUUAGAGCGGCCCCACACAUUCAACUGCGAUCUCUCACCCCCUCUUCGCAGCACGAAUGUCCGCCGUGUCGUCGUUACGUCGUCAUGCGCUUCCGUCCGCGAUGAGACGGUGACGACACCCACCGUCUUCAGCGAGACGGACUGGAACGAGAACGCUAUCAAGGAGGUCGCGUCGCUCGGUGCCAAAGCAAGCCAGAAUGUCAAGUACAAUGCCAGCAAGACGUUGGCUGAGCGGGGUGCGUGUUGGAGGCUGGUCUGCUAUCUUGCCAAUUGAGCCAUGUCUUCAUCCAGCUGCGUGGAGCUUCAUGAAGGAGCACCCGGAAGCCAAGUUCGAUCUCGCCGUCCUCAAUCCACCCCUGGUCUUCGGUGUGAGUUCCCUCGGGGUGCUGUUUGCUAGGAUGGUGCUGAGGACCCUCAGCCGGAUAUCCAGGCGAUUGAGUCGGCAGCCGACCUCAACACCUCAUCGAAGGCGAUGCACAACGGCCUGACGAACCCGGCAUCGCCCGUUGGCGGCGGACCGUGGAUCGACGUCCGGGACAUCGCUCUGGCGCACGUACGCAGUCUGCAACGCGAGGAGGCGGGAGGACAGAGGAUGAUCGUCACCGCCGACAAGCCUUUUACGUGGCAGGAUAUCAGUGCGUGCUCCGUAUCUCUCUCUCCCCAGCUUCUGCUUGCAAGCUGAAUGGCCGCUAGUCGACGUCCUGCCCCCUGCCGCCGUAGCGUCUGGGAAGUACCAGAGGGGUCAGCCGGGCUCGGGCAAGGAUUUCACGCAGAUGUUCCUGUACGACAACUCCAAGGGUAUCCGGAUCUUGGGCAUCAAGUACCGUUCGUUGGCAGAGAUGACCGCGGCUACGGUAGAACAAUGGGAAGGUCGUGGGUGGUGAUUGUUCCAAGGCAAAUAAGGAUGUGACCGGAAGCAGCUAGAGUAGCGGCAUGGACAGAGUGGGGACUCGAGUACGCAGGUCCCGGAUAAGCGCGCCGAAUCGCGGCCAUGAGGUAGAGGGAAAUGAAUCUAUGAAGACCCGCUAGCGCGUCGGUUGGCCAUGGGCGGGCAUGUGCACUGCUUCGAAGACGAGCAACGGGCCGUGGAUAUGGCCCGCUCCUUGCAGGUAGCGGAAAUGAGGACUUCGCCGGAGAAGGCACGCAGUGCCACGCUGCGCGAGAGGUGGAGACGAAGCUGAACAGAUGGCAUGGUGCAGGCAACUCGGCGCGAUCCGUGGGAUGUAGUGCAGUGAGUGGUCUGGAUCAAGGCUCGGCUCGAGAGGUCAUGAUUGUGUCCUUGCCAAAACGUGUUCUGCCUCGUUGAGAACCCGGGGUUGGCCUGGUCGUAUCCAGGCAGCACGAAGCGAUACGGCGAAACUCGGCGCGUCAAGGACUCGUCCCUGGUUUCCUGGAGGGAGCAAUCGUGGGGUGCUUACAGCCAGCGCCAGCCCAUCUGCACGCACAUGAUCAUGCAUGGAGGAAGACGACGCGUCGAACAGCGGCUGAGGGCGGGUCACUAGCUCACCGCAGCGCAUGGGGUCAAAUAGAGCCCGAGGAGGAGGAACAUAGUUCUGCCUGGGCUGCCGACUGGCCGUCGUAGGUCAUUUGCGAAGGAUUACAAAGAGAGCAAAUCGCGAAUUCCCACGCCAUCUUGCUCUUUGCGGCAGAGUGACGCAUUCCAGAUGCCGUUCCGAAAAUCUACAUUUCGGUGUCGAUCUUCCGCAAAAUGUGCGAGGUGUUAAGCAGAAUGAGCCCGGAUAAAUAGGAGUGUGCAUUGACGCGUCCUGGUCUCAUUCGAUUCACUCCACCUCCUCAUCUCCCAGAACCUCUUUGAAAAAACAUGCCUACCAUCUCUGCCGCUGCAAAAGUCCUCGUCUCAGGCGCCAACGGAUUCCUCGCCACGUGGGUGGUCCGCUCCUUCUUGCAGGAAGGCUACUCCGUGCGCGGCACUAUCCGUUCGGCGAGCAAAGGAGCACACCUCAAGGAGCUCUUCAAAUCGUAUGGCGACAAGUUUGAGGUCGUGGUUGUGUCCGAUAUCACUGCGGAGGGCGCGUUCGACGAGGCUGUCAAGGGCGUCGAUGGGAUCGCACACACCGCCUCGCCGUUCUACUUCAAUGUGACCGAGCCCUCUGAGCUGAUUGAGCCCGCGGUCAAGGGCACGGUGGGGAUGCUCCAGAGUGCUUUGAAAUACGGCUCCAAUGUCCGCCGCGUCGUCGUGACAUCGUCGUGCGCGUCCAUCAUCGACUUGACCAACACGAAGCCGAAGGUCUUCACGGAAGAACACUGGAAUGACCAGGCGGUCCACGAGGUGGAGACCAAAGGCGCCAGCGCCAACAAUGUUGCCAAGUACUGUGCCAGCAAGACCCUGGCUGAGCGCGCUGCGUGGAAGUUCAUGAAGGACCACCCGGAGGCCAAGUUCGAUCUCUCAGUGCUGAACCCUCCGAUCGUCCUCGGUCCCGACAUCCAGGGCGUGAAAUCUCCCGCGGAUCUGAACACAUCCUCGAAAUCGAUGUACAACGGCUUGACGAACCCCGCAGCGCUCGUCGGCGGUGCGCCGUACGUCGACGUCCGUGACAUCGCCCGCGCCCAUGUCCUCGCUCUGGAGCGUGAGGCGGCCGGCGGCGAGCGCAUCAUCGUCUGCGCCGACAAGAACUACACAUGGCAGGACAUCAUUGAUGCUUUGCCCCCUGCCGCUGCUGCCUCUGGAAAGUACCAGAAGGGCAACCCCGGAACUGGCAAGGACGUCGUCCAGAACACGCUGCACGACAACGCCAAGAGCGUCCGCAUUCUUGGCAUGAAGUACCACACUUUGGAGGAGAUGACCGCAGCGACUGUCGAGCAGUGGAGCGGCCGCGGAUGGUAGUC